GGGGAAAGGCGUAAAUCAUAGUCCAAACUCUAUUCUCUCAGCACUGAGAUGAAGAACAACGUUGAGCUGAUCUUCAUUCCCGCACCAGGGAUUGGCCACUUGACUUCAUCCCUUGAAUUUGCUCAGCUUCUAAUCAACCGUGACAACCAUCUUUCAGUCACGAUUCUCUGCAUCAAAUUCCCUUUAUCUCCAUUUGCAGACUCUUACAUCAAAUCAGCUUUAGCCUCACCUCAGAUCAAACUCAUUGAUCUCCCUCUUAUAGAACUUCCUCCACAUGAGUUAAUUGUCAAGUCUCCUGAACACUACAUAUGUACCUUCAUCGAGAGCCUGAAACCCCAUGUCAAAGCCACCUUGGAAAACAUCUUAUCGUCCUAUCCUAGGUCUGAAUCACAACCAGUUGUUAGGUUGGUCCUAGAUUUCUUUUGUCUGUCCAUGAUUGAUGUGGGGAAUGAACUUGGCAUCCCCUCUUACAUGUUCAUGACUUCAAAUGUUGCAUUUUCAGCUUUUAUUCUUUCCCUUCUGAAUCGUGGGAUAGAGGAUGUGUUCAAUGUCUCUGAGCCUGACUUGUUGAUUCGGGGUUUCCCAGAUCCAGUUCCUCUAAGUGUUUUUCCUCAUGCUGUUUUUAACAAAGAUGGUGGAUAUGCUGCAUUUUACAAGCUUGCUCAGAGGUUCUUGGACACCAAAGGAAUCAUUGUUAAUUCCUUCUCAGAUUUGGAGAAGUAUGCUAUCGAUGCAUUAUCCGAUGGUCAGAGUCAAGUACCUCCAAUCUAUGCUGUUGGUCCUUUGAUUGAUCUCAAGGGUCAGCCAAACCCAAAAUUAGAUCAAGCCCAGCAUGACAAAAUAUUGAAAUGGCUAGAUGAGCAACCACCUUCCUCUGUGGUGUUUCUUUGCUUUGGGAGCAUGGGAGGGUUUGCUCCAUCUCAAACAAGAGAAAUAGCAGUAGCACUGCAGGGUAGUGGGGUUCGGUUCUUGUGGGCUAUGAAUUCUCCACCAACUGCAGAUAAUGUAGACAGAACCUUACCAGAAGGUUUCUUAGAAUGGAUGGAGGGUAGGGGAAUGAUAUGUGGAUGGGCACCCCAGGUGGAGGUUCUGGCCCACAAAGCCAUUGUAGGCUUUGUUUCUCAUUGUGGGUGGAAUUCUAUUUUGGAAAGCUUGUGGUUUGGGGUACCAAUAUUGACAUGGCCUAUCUAUGCAGAACAACAGUUGAAUGCAUUUUGGAUGGAGAGGCAAUAUGGAUUAGCAGUGGAGUUGAGACUGGACUAUAAAAGGAGCAGUGAUCUUGUAACGGCAAAGGAGAUAGAGGAAGGGCUGAAAAAAUUGAUGGACAAAGAUAACAUGGUACACAAGAACGUGCUAGCGAUGAAAGAGAAGGCCAGGAAAGCUGUCCUCACCAGUGGUUCUUCUUUCAUUUCUGUUGGAAAACUAAUUGAUAAUAUAUUGGGAAGGAACUGAUAACACAGCGGCAGCUGCUCCUUUCUCGAAAUAAUAUCAGUCAUACCGUGUCAGUUAUUCGCACCUGUAUAAUAUAUUAUAUCCAGAAACAUGUCUCAUUCCUCAGAAAAAGUGUAAACUGGAUAUUAAAUUAAUAUGGAAAUGGUUGCAGUUUGGUUCGACAAAUUUAUUUAAGCAAUUCUUCCGUCA